GAGUGGGUUGGACUGGUGCGGGUUGAAGAUCCGGCAUGGCGCCGCCCGCAGCUGUGGGCGGGGCAAGGCUGUCAUGCGUCGCUCCACCUCAGAGGCAGAGUGCUUUGUUCUCGCAGCUUGGGGUGCAUGCGAGUAUCGGGAGUUUGGCCUUCAACCGGGUGGUUGUCGAACAGGGUGGGGGUUUAUCUAGGGGUUUCGAUGGUAGAGUUGUGAAAUUUAUCUCUCGUGAGGUGCCGCCGUUGGGGUGUGCGAGGUCCAUUGUGGGGAUAGGAGAAACGCUACGCGUUUCAAAGAUUUCGAAGCCAAGUUUCUUGUUGCAUUGCGGUCGUGCUGCCGUGAGGCUUAUUUUGGAGAAGCGGAAUGCUGUCGUUGCUACUCACGAAAACUUCGGAUUGGAGCUUGGUGAAGAUUCGCAAAGUCCAGCACCUGGCAGUGACACGGCGGAGCGUGUUCUUUUCGAUUCCCUCUCCGGAAGUAAUGGCAGUGGAGGAGAGGGAUUGAAGAAUUCUGAUGCAGUAUCCACUGAAUCUAAGCCAGAGGAAGCUUCCAGAAAAAGAGGGGAAAAUGGAAAACUCUUGAAGGCGUUAGGAAUGCCGGAUGGUGUUGGGACAGGGAUUAAUUUACAACAAGCGGAGAGCAAAGGGGGAAUGCGAUGGAACAUGCUGCUCAGCACGGAAGCCUUGGAGGAUGCGCAUCUCAACAGAGCCUCAAGUGUCACAGACGCACACGUCUUGCGCAGAAAAGGGCGGCUGAAAGAGCAAGACGGUUUGAUUGAAUUCAUCAUCUCCAUGCAUUCCACGCAUUCCCCAAUUCAAGUGAUGGAAAAACUGGAGCGAUGGGUGCGGGAGCAUCUGGAGGAUCCGAUGCGGAGCACGCUCAGCAGACUCAUCCCCACCCUUGGAAGAUUUCACACGCCGUUACCUCUUGUUCGUGCGUUUUACGAGUACGAUGAGUUUGCAUCGUUGUCCCGACGGCGAUACGUCCCGCCCAAUUUUGCAGAAAUUCGGCAUGUUCUCAACAUUGCCCAGGUACACGCCAUUGCCGAAAAGCUGUCGUUGAUCACGUUCGAUGCAGAUGGGACGAUAUACGCUGAUGGCCACCACAUUGAGGGAGACAACAAGAUGAUAGGGCACAUUAUAAAGCUCAUGCAACAGGGUGUUCAAGUGGCAAUAGUCACGGCUGCUGGAUAUCCCGGCAAUGCUGCCAAAUUCGAGGAUCGGUUGGCGGGGCUCCUGGAAGCAUUCAAGCAUCUUCAUCUUCCUCCUACUAUCACGCGGUUGUUCCACGUCAUGGGCGGAGAAUGCAACUAUCUUCUGAGAGUUAACGAGGAUUACAGACUUGAAUUUGUACCGGAUGACUUGUGGAUGUCGCCCGACAUGCUCCAGUGGUCAGAUUCCGAUGUGCAGGAGUUGCUGGACGACGCCGAAUGCUCCUUACGGUCUGCAGCUGCGAGAUUACGCGUUCCAAUUGAGAUAGUUCGCAAGCCGAGGGCUGUCGGUGCAGUUCCUCUGGAGCCAACUAUUUACGAAGUCUUGGAAGAGUUGGCUCUGACAGUACAAGUCCAGUUGAUGGGAUCAAGGCUUCCGUUCUGCGCUUUCAAUGGUGGAAACGACGUCUUUGUUGAUGUCGGCAACAAAUCUGUAGGUCUCAGAGCUCUGAUGAAGUUUUUGAACAAGAGACCUCAUGUGACCCUGCAUGUCGGAGACCGUUUUACGAUGAGCGGGAACGACAUGGCUACUCGCUCCCAAUGCUCCAUCUUGUGGGUUGCCAAUCCGGAAGAGACGGCGUUCUUCACACGGCUGUUGUUGACAGACAUCCGAUUAGCCCGAAUGCACCCUUACUUGGAGUGAAUCAUAUAUUUUGUUUUCUUUUUCUUUUUCGUUGAAUGCAACGACUGACAAAUCCUAUAAGUCUCCUAACCUGAAAUCUUAAACCCUUCACUGUGCUUGCACGUUAGAUCUCCUUCAACCCAAUCAAGCCCAAGUCAAUCGUGGAUCUUGUCGAGCACUUGGCGGUACCGGAUUUUGCAGCGGGUUUUGCCUGAAGAUAGGCCUUUGGAGGUGAAGGCAUAUAAUCAUUGACGACACUCCUCUGCCUCUCGGAUGUCGUCGUUGUCCUUGAGAAGGGAGAGGAAAAGACUAGGGGACUACAAUUGCCAAUGGCCAUGGCCUUACGGUGCUCAAUACUUGAUUAUACUUUUGAGAUGAUUGGGGUUAGAUUCUUCGCAUGACAGUAGAGGCUGAAAUUUAGCUAUCGACGAGUAGAUUCCAGAGCGUGUACAUUUGUACGAUUAUGAAGUAUUCUAAUGCCAACAAACAUUGUGUGGAGCUUCUUUUACAGAAA